AUUCAGAGAGGACAUCAACAAGGAAACGUUUACUUGCGAUCCGGUACAAUCUGCAAUUUCACAACAGCCUGAACAAUGUGUGGGAUUUUUGCCUACCUGAAUUACCGAGUGCCGAGGACAAGGAAGGAGAUAUUCGAGACACUGGUGAAGGGACUGCAGCGGUUGGAGUACAGAGGAUAUGAUUCAGCGGGCAUCGCAGUGGACGGGCCAAAGGAAGACGUGAAGGACGACAACAAUAACAACAUCUGUCUUAUCAAGAAGAGGGGAAAAGUGAAGGCCCUUGAUGAGGAGCUCUACAAGAAGGACGCUUUGGACCUGGAUAAGGCCUUUGAGACCCACUUCGGCCUCGCUCACACCCGCUGGGCGACGCACGGGGAGCCCAGCGCCGUCAACAGUCACCCCCACCGCUCGGACAAGAACAACGAAUUUGUUGUGAUCCACAAUGGCAUCAUCACUAACUACAAGGAGCUGAAGAAGUACCUGACCUUAAAAGGGUACGAGUUUGAGUCCGAAACGGACACGGAGGUCAUCCCCAAGCUCAUCAAGUACGUGUACGACAACCGCGAGAGAGAGGACGUGUCCUUCUCAACGCUGGUGGAACGCGUGAUUCAGCAGCUGGAGGGGGCUUUUGCGCUGGUUUUCAAAAGCAUCCAUUUCCCGGGAGAAGCCGUUGCCACCAGGAGAGGCAGUCCUCUGCUCAUCGGUGUGCGGAGCAAGUAUGAGCUGUCCACAGAGCACAUUCCCAUCCAGUACAACUGCGGUCACUUCAAAGAGGGUGUGCAGGAGAAGAACAGCCGGAAUAGGUCAGACAGCACCACAGCCCUGCACUCUGUGGGGGACGGAAAGGCUGUGGAGUACUACUUUGCCUCUGACGCCAGCGCCAUCAUUGAGCACACCAACAAGGUGAUCUACCUGGAGGACGAUGACAUCGCGGCGGUGGCAGAGGGCAAGCUGUCGCUGCACCGCAUCAGCCGGCUGGCGGGAGAGGACCCCGUGCGGGCCAUCCAGACGCUGCAGAUGGAGCUCCAGCAGAUCAUGAAAGGGAACUUCAAGGCCUUCAUGCAGAAGGAGAUCUUCGAGCAGCCAGAGUCCGUCUUCAACACCAUGAGGGGCAGGAUCUGCUUUGAAACCAGCACAGUUGUCCUGGGCGGGCUGAAGGACCACCUGAAGGAGAUCAAGCGCUGCCGGCGGCUCAUCAUGAUUGGCUGCGGGACGAGCUUUCACGCCGCAGUGGCGACCCGGCAAAUCCUCGAGGAGCUGACCGAGCUGCCGGUCAUGGUGGAGCUGGCCAGCGACUUCCUGGACCGCAACACGCCUGUCUUCAGGGAUGAUGUCUGCUUUUUCAUCAGCCAAUCAGGGGAGACCGCCGACACCCUGAUGGCACUGCGUUACUGUAAGGAACGAGGCGCGCUGACCGUGGGCGUGACCAACACCGUGGGCAGCUCCAUCUCCCGCGAAACCGACUGCGGGGUCCACAUUAACGCGGGGCCUGAGAUCGGCGUGGCCAGCACCAAGGCCUACACCAGCCAGUUUGUGGCCCUCAUCAUGUUUGGUCUGAUGAUGAGUGAGGAUCGGCUCUCUCUGCAGAAGAGGAGAAUGGAGAUCAUUAACGGACUCAGGGUACUGCCAGAGCUCAUAAAGGAGGUUCUGGCCCUGGAUGAGAAGAUCAAGAGCAUUGCAGAUGAGCUCUACCAGCAGCGGUCACUCUUAGUGAUGGGGCGUGGCUUCAACUACGCCACCUGCCUGGAGGGGGCGCUGAAAAUCAAGGAGAUCACGUACAUGCAUUCUGAGGGCAUCCUGGCGGGGGAGCUGAAGCACGGCCCGCUGGCCUUGAUUGACAAGCAGAUGCCGGUCAUUAUGGUCAUCAUGAGGGAUGCCUGCUACACCAAGUGUCACAAUGCACUGCAGCAGGUCACUGCCAGACAGGGCCGGCCCAUCAUCCUUUGCUGCCAGAAUGACCCGGAGAUCGCCAAGAACGCGUACAAGACCAUCGAGCUGCCGCAGACGGUGGACUGCCUCCAGGGCAUUCUCAGCGUCAUCCCCCUGCAGCUGAUGUCCUUCCACCUGGCCGUGCUGCGAGGAUACGACGUUGACUGCCCCAGGAAUCUCGCCAAAUCUGUGACUGUAGAGUGAACUCCUGGCAAUGACUGGCAGAAUGUGGAAGGCAAGAAGGAAGUCUGCAUGUCGUAGUGCAAUUGUGUGUGUGUGUGUGUGUGUAUAUGUGUGUGUGUGUGUGUGUGUGUGUGU